UGCCACUGGGGAUGACGAAGAUGAUGAUGAGGACAAAGGGAUUGGUGACGCGAGUAGUGCUGCUGUGUGCCGCGGCGGUGGCGGCGGUCGUGGUCGCACGCGCCCUCACAGCCCGUAGCCUGCAGAUGCAUCCGGAGGCAUGCAAGAAGACAGACUUGGACUAUCUCGAAGCAACAGAGGAGAGGAUUGAGACGUUGAGGGCCAUGAUCCAACAACGGUCCAUCUCAUUCCGACAGCGCCAUGGAAACGCAACCGGUCAUGCACGCGUCCGCGAAGUUCUGCAAGAACGGUUUCCGUUGAUUCAUCACCAGGAUUCGCCUGUGCAGCGCGAAGUGCUGGCAGAGUACAGCUUGCUCUACCGAUUCCCAGGCAAGGAUGAAUCGUUGAAGCCGGCGCUGCUGUGCGGGCACAUUGACGUGGUGCCGAUUGCCAACCCGGACGCAUGGGAGCACGAACCGUUUGAUGCCGGCAUCCAUGACGGCUACAUCUACGGUCGCGGAGCACUCGAUGACAAGACGCGCGUGACGGCGAUGAUGGAGGCCGUGGAGUUCCUGCUCGCAUCCAAAGGUUUCGACUACCGCCCACAGCGCACUCUCCUGUUUGCAUUUGGACACGACGAAGAGGUCAACGGGGUGGAGGGAGCGAGCGUGAUAUCCGCCGAGCUGGUGCGGCGCGGGUGGUACCCCGAGUUCCUGCUGGACGAAGGCCUGCCCAUCUACACGGAUGUGCUCGGUAUUGAUCGGCCCGUUGCGCUCAUCGGCACAUCGGAGAAGGGGUACCUCACGGUUCGCGUGCAGGUGCACAUGGACCACGAUGGCGCCGGCCACUCGAGCAGACCGCCAAAGGAGCAAGCUGUUGCCAUUCUCUCCAGGGCGCUGACGCGGCUGCACGAGAACCCGCAUCCAGCGCACAUCAACGGUGCCCUCUUUGAUAUGAUCACGCACCUGGCGCCCGAAAUGCCAUUUCUCAAACGCAUCAUCAUGUGCAAUCUCUGGCUCUUCGCCCCAAUCGCAAAGUUGUUCGUUUCGCUCAAAUCAGACUCGGAUGCACUCCAGCGCACAACCACAGCCCUCACGGUGAUUGAGGGCGGUGUGAAGGAGAACGUGCUGCCCCACACGGUCUCCGCGCUCGUCAACCACCGCAUCUCUCCUGGCGAGACGGUGGCCGACGUCGUUGCUCGCGAUAUCACCAUCAUCGCCGACGCGCGCGUGUCUGUUGAGAUUGUGCACAGCGUGGAGCCCCUGCCCACGUCCUCGUGCGAGACGCGCGGAUUCAAGGUGCUGGAGCGAAGCAUUCGCCAAAUCUGGCCAGACUACUAUGUGGCACCUGCGCUGAUGAUUGCCGGCACAGACACGAAGCACUAUGUCAACCUCACGCCAAACCUCUACCGCUUCAUGCCCGUCGUCAUGGGGCCAACUGACACGCCGCGGCUGCACGGCCCAAACGAGCGCAUAUCUGUCGAUGCGUACGAGAAAGUUCUCAACUUCUACAUCCAUCUCCUCCACAACAUCGACACGUUCAAUCCACACGACGUCCAUCACCACGAACUCGGCGACCUGUAGUGUUACACCAAACACACGCGCACGCACGGGUGCAGGUGAUGCUGAUGGCGAUGUUGUUGCUCGUGCGUGUGUCUGUGUGUGUGUGCUCAUGUGUGUGUGUGUGUGUGUCUGUGUCUGUGUGUAUGUGUGUGUGCGUCUGUAU